AUGGAGGAUUCUGAUGCUCCAUCGCCUCAGCGGGUGAUGGCAGAUCCGGAUCCUAAUUCUCUUCAAGAGGCGAUGCAAGGUCCAAUUAAUGUUUGGCUGGGGCCUAUUGGCCCCGUCCUCCAGAGACUCCUAACGCUCACGGCUUCUGGAAAGAGUCUGCCGGAUGGACUCGGCGCCGAUCAGAUUGUUCUUCUAAGAAAUGGUCUCAAGAAAUUAUGCUCCCCCCUGGAGGAUAUGUCGGAAGCCGAGGUCGACGCUAGCACCACGGCCAGGUGGUGGAUGAAGAUAGUUCGUGAACUUUGUUACGACACAGAGGAUCACCUGGACGAGGUUGUGGGCGCUGGCGCUCAUCUAGAUUUUUCACAAUUUCUUGCUCGUGCUAAUGAUGCGAUGGAAAGACGCGAGCGAUUCCACUGGUCGCCUCCCAGGUCUAUCAUCAAGCCAGCUGACCGGGGGGAAGCUGGUGUCAGCUGCCUCACCUCGGAUCCCAUCGGCGGCCGUAGCAGAAAAGUUAACGUUGUGGAGUCCCCAGACAGGCUUGUCAAGCUGCUGGCUUUAGACAAGACUGAUCUCAAGGUGAUACCGAUAAAUGGAUGUGCAGGUGCCGGAAAAACAACAGUUGCCAGAACUUUGUAUCACAGGCACGGACGGCAAUUUCACUACCGGGCUUUCGUGACUGUGUCCCAGAAUCCAGAUAUGAGGGGUUUUCUCAGCAGCAUGCUCUCACAACUUAAGGCACCAAGCCCCCUUGGCUUUCCUGAUGUGCCAGACCUUGUUGAUGCUAUCAGCGAGCAUCUACAACGCAAAAGGUACUUCAUUGUAAUUGAUGAUUUGUGGACUGCAUUAGUAUGGAAUAUUAUUAGCCGUUCUUUUCCACAUGGUGAUUAUUGCAGCAGAAUAAUAAUAACCACACAGAUUGAUGAUGUAGCAUUGGAAUGCUGCAGUUAUAACUCGGGCUAUAUGUAUAAGAUGGAACCUCUUAAUGAUGAUGAAUCGAGAAAGCUAUUCUUUGGUAGAGUGUUUGGCUCUGAAGAUGAUUGUCCAGUAGAUAUCAAAGAAAUUUCAUAUGAGAUUAUCAGGAAAUGUGGUGGUUUGCCAUUGGCAAUUGUAAGUAUAGCCAACCUGUUAGCAAGUGAAUCAAACAACGUAAAGGAGAAGUGGAAGCACAUACAGGAUUCUUUGCCGUCCACUUCCGAAGUGAUCUGCAAUAGUCUUCCACACCUUAUGUACGAUAGUCUUCCACCUCGUUUGAGGACAUGCCUGCUAUAUCUCAGCAUGUAUGCACAGGGCUGCGUGAUCAAAAAGGAUGAUUUGGUGAAGCAGUGGGUGGCUGAAGGUUUUCUCAGUCCUGUGGUUGGGCGAGACACAGAAAAGAUUGCUGAGGGCUAUUUUGAUGAGCUUGUCAGCAGUGGAAUGGUCCAAGCCGUGGACACCAACAAUAACGGCAAGGUGUUGUCUUGUACAGUUCAUCAGAUGGUACUGGAUUUUAUUAGGCAGAAAUCCAUGGAAGAGAAUUUCAUUAUCGCUAUGGACUAUUUUCAAUCAACUCUUGCACUUGCUGACAAAGUUCGCCGAUUAUCCGUCCAGUUUGGAGGGGUAAAAAACGCAUAUAUACCACAAAGUAUCGUAACAUCCCAAGUCAGAUCACUUAUGUUUUGGGGUUUCUUCAAAUGUGUACCUUACAUUAGGGAUUAUGGACUUCUUCGAGUUCUGGUUCUUCAUAUUUGGGCUGAUCGACACAAGAAGAGUUUUGAUCUCAUGGCAAUCGGGAAGCUAUUUCAACUAAAGUACCUCAAGAUUGAAUGUAACAUCACUGUCAAGCUUCCAGGCACGAUUCGAAAGCUGGAACACUUGGGUACACUGCAAGUAGAUGCAAGAUUAUCUGCUGUUCCAUCAGAUAUUGUUAAUCUGAAGAAAUUACUGCAUCUCUGUUUCCCGAGCGAGUCUAUUCUGCCCAAUUUAACUGCCAACAUGACAUCACUUCGCACUCUUGGAUAUUUGGAUCUCGGCAGUGACUCAAAAGAGAAUGUGUUGCAUCUUGGAGGGCUGACCAAUCUCCAGAAUCUUCAGCUCACCUGUUCUACAGCAAAAAAUUUGGUAAUGAAUGUUCAACACCUAGGCUCGAUCCUUGAGAAACUCAGCGCCUUGCAGUCCCUGACUCUGGUACCAGCUGCUUCUGGCUCCUCUUGUAUAAAUAUUCUUGAGGAUGGCUUCAGGAUGGCGUCUCCUCCUAGCCCGGACCUGCCUCUUCAGAAGAUCGAGCUGUCACGGCGCUGUUGCAUCUUCUUCAGCCUGCCUAAGUGGUUUGGAGAACUGAGGAACCUCUGCAUUCUAAAGAUUGCAAUUAGGAGACUGUCCAUGAAUGACACUGAUAUGCUGAAAGGACUACCUGCCCUCACUGCUCUCACCCUGUAUCUCCAGACAGUUUAUAAAGAGAAGAUAGUCAUCGACGUUGGGGGCUUCCAAGUACUCACCUACUUCAAGUUCAUGUGUGCUGCGCCAUACCUAUCCUUUCUGCAAGGAGCAAUGCCCAGAGUCCAGAAGCUCAAGAUAGGUUUCAAUUUUAACCAAUGGAGAUCACAUUCCUUUGGAACAAUUGGUUUCCCUCACUUGACAGGCCUGACAGAGGUCUCCGUAAAACUUGGGGUUCGAAAUGCUGAUGAAGAAUUUGACAAAAAAGCUGCACGGUCUGUGGAGGCUGCCGUAAGGUGUCACCGGAACACUCUUAUACUCAGAUUAAAAUGCAUGGAUAUGAUUUUUGAUGGCACUAAGGAUAAGCUUACCACGGCCGAAGAAGAAGAGAAAAAACGCGAGGAGAUCCAGAAAGGCAAGAAAAAGAUGAUGGAACGUUUGGAGGGAUAUCUGAACAAGCAAUUAGUGGAUGGCAGAUAUGCGAGAAAAGAUCCACUGACGCAUCAUGCACAAUCAUUCAACGUCGUGACGGGCGCCAUGAACUCUCUCCUCCCCAAGCUGCUUGACCUCCUCGAGGACGAGUGCACGCUGCAGAAGGGCAUCAAGAAGCUUGUCGACUCCCUCUACAUGGAACUGGAGGCUCUGCAAGCUGCUCUCUGUGAGGUGGCGAAGCUGGAGGCUAAACAACUGGAUGAGGUGCUCAAUACGUGGGCCAGGGAUGUAAGGGACCUCUCGCAUGACGCUGAGGAUAUCGUCGAUUCCUUAGCAGUGCGCGUCGAGGGCUCUGAUCCUGAAACAAUACUAAAGGCCGGUAUUGUUGAUAUCCUUAGUCCUAGAACCUCUGCGUUGCUCAGCAGAGGGAAGGCCCGCCAUGAGAUCUCUGAUGCCAUCGAUGACAUGAUGUCAAAGGUCCAGGAUUUGGCCACCCGACGUGAGAGAUACAAGGUCGGCGCCCACACCGCUCCUAAUCCAAAUGCCGCAGUUAGCUUUGACCCUCCCUUGUCGGAUGUGUACAAAUACCCCAAAGAUAUGGUUGCCAUAAAGGUUCCAAGGGACGAGGUGAUAAUGAUGCUGACAGAUGGAAAUGUGAUCAAGAAGCUGAAGAUAGUCUCUAUUCUUGGAAUGGGAGGAUUGGGGAAGACCACUCUUGUUAAAGCAGUGUAUGACAAGAUUCGACUGCAGUAUGAGUACACGGCUUUCGUUUCAGUAUCUAGGUAUCCUGAUGUGACGAAAGUUUUGAUGGAGAUCCUUUUCCAAAUUGACAAGCAAAACUGUAGGAAUCUCAGUUUGCCAAAAUUAGAUCAUCAUUAUCUUAUUGAUGAAAUCAGGAGACUACUUCAGAACAAGAGAUACUUGAUCGCAAUUGAUAAUAUAUGCGAUGUGAAUUUGUGGGAAAUAAUCAAACUGGCUUUUGUUGAUAAUGGACUUGGAAGUAGAGUAGUCACAACUACUCGGAUUCACCUGGUGGCCAAGACUGGAGGUGAAGUUUACCAGCUAAAACAACUUACCGAUGAGCAAUCAAGAGAAUUAUUCAGUGCAAGACUGUUCAAUGGUGAGAAAAAUGUCCCUCACAAUAUAGGGGAGGUGCCAACUAAGAUUUUGUCGAAAUGUGAUGUUGUACCGCUGGCUAUCAUAACAGCAGCUAGUUUGUUGGUCGGAAAAUCAACGAAUGAUUGUUCCAAGGUGUACAACAAUAUUGAUUUCGGGUCUGAGUUUGAAGACAACACAAGAAAGAUACUGAAAUCUAACUAUUACGAUCUUCCUUAUCACUUGAGGGCAUGUUUAUUGCAUCUACACAUGUUUCAAGAGGACUGUAUAAUCAGGAAAGAAGCUUUGAUCUGGAAAUGGGCAGCCGAAGGUUUAAUUGCAGAGGUGCAUGGAAAAGGGUUAUUUGAGCUUGGAGAGGGAUACUUGAAGGAACUCAUAAACAGAAACCUGGUCAUGCCGGUUGAGGACGACUCAAAUCCUGGGAAGGUAAUUGGCUGCUGUGUCCAUGAUUUGGUUCUCGAUAUGAUCUGUUCCUUAUCAACUGAAGAAAACUUUAUUACCGUACUGGAUAGUAACAAGCAAGAACCUCUGGCUAACAAGACUGUCGAAAGCAAGACUCGCAGGUUAGCUGUCCAAAAAUGGGACGCGGAGCAGGGCGACCCUCUGGCUAACAUUCGCCCAGAAAGGCUGAGGUCAUUUAACACCAUGGGGUGUCAUUUGAGUAUGGAACUAUCAGUUUCAAGGUUUAAGCUGAUGCGCGUCCUUGCUCUGGAAGAAUGUACGUUGUUUGAUGGAAAUCUUUCUCAUCUAGGGAAGUUACUUCUGUUGAGGUACCUCGGACUAUAUAAGACACCUAUCAAAAAGCUACCGGAAGACAUAGGUGACCUGAUUUAUCUGCAGACACUGGACCUGAGGGGAACAAGUGUGAAAGAAUUGCCAGAGAGAGUGGCUGGGUUACGGCAACUCAAGUGCCUGCGAGCUGAUAAAGGCACAGCAGUGCCGGAUUGGAUGGAAAAUCUUACAUCCUUAGAAGAGUUGCGGCUGGGCGAGGUCAGCAGGUCCGCAGACUUCACGACUGAGCUGGGCAAACUGACAGGGCUGAGGGAACUUGAGAUUUGGAUUGACGAGUUGGAUAAGAACCAAAACAAUGCUUUGGUGCAGUCUAUGAGAAAACUAGAGAAAAUACAAGUCCUAAGAAUUAUGGGCAAUAGGUGGACAUCAGGGAGUGAACUUAAUUGGGAAGACUUCUACCCACCUGUACAACUCCGUGAGUUACACCUAUCAAGCAUCCCAUGCCCACGGCUGCCCAAACGGAUCACCGUCUCCCAUGUUCCAAUGCUCUCUCGCUUAUCUGUGUACGUAAAGGCCAUAAAGGAGGAGGAUCUGGAUCUCCUUGGGGCAUUGCCAGAGCUCAUCAGUCUGGAGCUGCUAUCGCUGUGGGACGCCGUCCGCGAAAUCAAGGGUGGCGGUGCGUUCCCAAGGUUGAAGUUCUUUAACACGUUCUCACCAUUCAAGUUUCUACCAGGGGCUAUGCCAAGACUUGCAAUCCUUCACUUCGCACUACUCAUCACUUCCCGGGGGCCACUAGAUAAAUUCAAGGUUAAUUUUGAAAAUUACUUUGUUAACUCCAUGUUGGGGAACCUCCUUUCACUUGAGAAAGUGGAAGUGAGACCCCUUGAUGACGUCGAGGUGAUGUGUGAAGCAGUGAGGCGUGGACUGGACCAACAUCCCAACAGUCCAAGCCUUCAUAUCUUAAAAUAA